AUGCUGUCUGAAAUGGAACACACAAUGGAAAGCAUGAUGUUCACGUUUCACAAAUUUGCUGAGGAUAAAGGCUACUUAACAAAGGUACUCUCAGGGGAAAAGGAGUUCCCUGGAUUUUUGGAAAAUCAAAAAGAUCCUCUGGCCAUGGAAAAAAUAAUGAAGGAUGUAGACCAGUGCUGUGCUGGCAGAGUGGGCUUCCAGAGCUUCUUUUUGCUAAUUGCUGGGCUCACCAUCGUGUGCAAUGACUAUUUUGUAGUACACAAGAAGCAGAAGGGAAAGAAGUAG